GCCCUUCCGAUUCACCGUCGUUGUUAUUACUCUCCUCUAUUCUUCCUUUGCAUUUUUUUUUUCUUCUGAUCCUUGAAUGCCGAAGGGAAUGAGCGCUGCCGACCAACAGUUCUGGGCCACCGUGGACGCCACCGCGGGCGUGCACAAGCUGCCUAGCGGGAUGCGCUUUAAGAUCAUCAACAAGGUGACGGACGUCGCCUCGGCCAAGUCACCGAACGUCGGGGACGCGUGCUCCGUGCACUACCAUGGCACCCUGCCGAACGGCAAGGUUUUCGACAGCUCCAUGGAUCGCGGCAAGCCUUCCUCCUUUGCGCCAAACCAGGUAAUCAAAGGCUGGACCGAGGCCCUGCAGUACAUGGUAGAGGGCGAGGAGUGGGAGGUGUACCUGCCGCCGGAGCUGGCCUACGGCACGCGUGGCGCCGGUGGCGUCAUCCCGCCCAACGCGACGCUCAUCUUCAAGAUUCGCCUGAUAAAGGUGAUGCAGGGCGGUAAGGCCGGUGCAGAGGGGCACAAGAAGCUGGAGACGGCCCUCUCCACGUCGUACGCGGAUUUGUAG